UGUGUGUGUGAGUGCCGGAAGUUUUUAAAGAAUCGCUGGUGUCUCUGAGUCUCAGACCAUGAAUUACGUGGGUCAGCUGGCCGAGACAGUGUUUGUGACCAUUAAAGAACUGUAUCAUGGGCUAAAUCCAGCCACACUCACCAACGGCAUCGACGUCAUAGUGGUUCGCCAGCCUGAUGGCAGUUUCCAGUGCUCGCCGUUUCACGUACGCUUUGGAAAACUGGGAGUCCUGCAGUCCAAAGAGAAAGUGGUAGACAUUGAGAUCAAUGGAGAGCCUGUGAAUCUGCAUAUGAAAUUGGGUGAUAAUGGAGAAGCUUUCUUUGUGGAAGAGAAUGAAGAUUUUGAGACGAGGGUUCCCGCUCAUCUCUGCACCUCUCCGAUCCCCACUGAUGUUCCUGAAGUUCCUGAGCUAACUGAAUCUCCCUUCAGUGUCACGUCGUUGUCAAGUCGCCACAAGAAACGUUGCAGGAAACGGGCACAUUCUGACACGCAAAUGGAUGUCAAUUCCUCCUCAGACGAGAAAGAGAGUCUAGACCAGGAUGUCCAUAAAGAAGAAUCACCUAUGGUAACAAGUAAGUCUAUAUACUACUCUCUGUCAGAGGAACCUUAUGAAGAACUGUCUGGAGCUAAGAGCAGAUAUGUGCACCCUCACUCUGAUGGAGAAUGCUCAGUUAAUGAGAGUACUGUGUUCUACAGUCAUCCCUCCUCUCCUAAGAGUGACUCAGAGUUGUUUAAACCACAGAAGUCUGUAGGACCUCACAUGCAGUGGAACAGGGGUGCUUUUCCAAAGGUGUGCCAGGCAGAGAGAGAUGAAUCUGAUGCCCUGUAUGUCCCGCCCUCCCCCCUCAUGCCAUCUGACCACUCCCACUUCCGGACAAUCCAUUGGCAAGCAUCCUUUGACGUGGAGACGACUGAUUCUACGGCAUUAAUAACAAUAGUGAGAGCAGAAACUCAGAUUGCAACGACCAUCCCUGUCCCGUCUGAAGUUUACCAAAGCUCUGCUGAAAAGCUGUCACUCAACAUGGGAGAGCCAGAGGAUGGGGCAGGUGUAGAGACCUUGCUAACCAAUCAGAAUUCUGAUAGUGCUGGAUUGACAGCAUCUGUGGAGUCUGCCAUUAGAUCAGAGGGUUCUGCUUUCUCUGCCUCUCUUUCUUUUCCUGUAGUGUGUCUGUGUCCAGUCAAAAGGAUUCAUCAUUUGGGACCAACGGAUAUUUAUCUUGAAGAUCUGUCCAGUCUUAACUCUGAGGUCGCUGCCCUGUACUUCCCUAAGAGCGAGGCAGAGUCGGAACUCUGCUCAAAUCAUCCACCCAACCUGUCUCCUCCCUUGGAUCAGCCACUGUCAUUAGGCAGCAGGAAUAGAGACAGCGGGACAGAGUAUCUGUCCGACUCUACGACAGACACGCUGGACGUCACUAUGGCCCUGUGCGGAAGAGGAGACAUCAGCCAGAUCAGUAAAGAGAAGUUCACAGAACAGCUGGUCAAGUAUCAAGACUUUGUCAACAACCCUGGAAUUGUUGAAGAUCCAAACCUUGUCAUCUGCAUCAACUCAAAGUAUUAUAACUGGGCAGUAACUGCUUCAAUGAUUCUGUUGGUUCAAGCAUUCCAGAAGAAUUUACCAAAGAGCACCGUUGUUCAACUAGUCAAAGAUAAGAUGCCAAAGAAGUCCGCCCGCUGGUGGUUCUCCUGGAGGAGGAAAGACAUGAACAAUAUUGAGAGAAGCUCAAAGCCAGACUCGGAGGGAAAUCAACUUGAAGCAUCUGCUUCUGUCGCUGGACCCUCUACACUUAAGAAGUGCUCUGUUGAACUCUCGUGUGAUGAUGAUGAUUCUAUCUCUGUGCGGCAGAAGAGUGACAGUUUAAACACAGCACAGUGUAUCAGUCAGACGUGCCAUAAAUCACUGCGACUGACUUCUGAACAGAUUGAGUGUUUACAUCUGUGUGAGGGAGCUAAUAAGGUUGUGUUCAGUGUGACCACACAGUAUCAGGGCACCUGCCGCUGUGAAGCCCCCAUUUACCUGUUGAACUACAAUGACAAAAUCAUCAUCUCAGACAUCGAUGGGACCAUCACAAAAUCAGAUGCGCUGGGUCACAUUUUACCACAGCUGGGGAAAGACUGGACUCAUCACGGCAUCGCCAAACUGUAUCACAAAAUACAUCAGAAUGGCUAUAAUUUCCUGUACUGUUCGGCUCGAGCUAUAGGCAUGGCAGACAUCACUAAAGAUUAUUUACAGUGGAUGAAUGAUAGAGGAACUGUGCUGCCUAAAGGACCAGUGUUUCUGGCUCCCAGCAGCUUGUUUUCAGCACUACACAGGGAGGUGGUUGAGAAAAAGCCAGAGGUUUUUAAGAUUGCGUGUCUCACUGAUAUCAGAGAUCUCUUCAAUCCCAUCAGACGGCUAUUCUACGCUGCCUUCGGCAACAGAACUAAUGAUGCCUAUGCAUAUAAGGAGGUUGGUGUACCAGAGACUCAUAUAUUCACUGUGAACCCAAAAGGAGAACUCAUACAGGAAAAGACCAAAGCCAACAAGUCCUCGUACUCUCAUCUCAGCGAGCUUGUGGAUUAUGUCUUCCCCUUCAUUUGUAAUGAUCCAACCACAUCCUUCGACUGUCCAGAGAUCAGUAAUUUCUCAUUCUUGAGAGAGCCGUUACCUGUGGUGGACCUCGCUGCCUUGAUCUAGCUGCAGUAUUUUGAUAAUGAUGACAAAAUUAUUCAUUUUGGUUUAACUAUUCCUUUCAAACACAGCCAAAGGUUUGUUGGAAAGAGAAUGUACAGUCAUAAUGGCAUAACACUACACUGAGCCUCUUUCUCGUUAUCAGAAAUACUCAGUACUUGGAUGGACUUGUUUUGCCCCUCAUUUAAUACUGUGCAUAAGCUUGUGGACUUAGAUUACUGUCAGCAGAGCUGUGAUUAUGAAUGUACCAUGAUUUCAAGUUCUCUACCAAAUAAUGGCCUAAAACAGUUUCAAGGGUUUUUUGUUUUAUUUGUAAUUUUGUAGAAAAAUUUUAUAUUUACUUCUUAAAAGUGGUUACUGUAACUGGUUGAAUAUCAUUUUUUUUUAUCAGCAUAGACUUUAUGCAGCUGAAUUUUACUUUUAUUUAUUAAAAAUGAAAAUUCUGUCAUAAUUUAUUCAUCUGCAUGCCAUCCCAGAUGUGUGACUUUCUUCUGCAGAACACAAAUUAAGAUUUUUAGAAGAAUAUGUCAGCUCUGUAGGUCCAUACAAUGCAAGUGAAUGGUGACUAGAACUUUGAAGCUCCAAAAUGCACAUAAAGGCAGGAUAAAAGUAAUCCAUACGACUCCAGUGGUUUAAUCCAUAUCUUCGGAAUUGAUUUUGGAUGAGAACUGACCAAAAUAUAACUCCAACUUCACUCUAAAUCUUGACAUCAGAAGUUUUCUUGGUGAUCAUGAUUUCAAGCUCAAUCACACUUCCUAUUGCACCAUCUUGGGCUCUGCGCAUGUGUCAAGCACGAGGAAGUGUAUUAAGCUUGAAAUCAUGAUUGUGCUUAAAGACUGCAAUGAUGAGAUGUGCAGUGAAAAAGGAGUUACAUUUUGGUCUGUUCUCACUCAAAAUCCUUUGGAUCACUUCUGAAGACAUGGAUUAAACCACUGGAGUCUUAUGGAUUACUUUUAUGCUGUCUUUAUGUGCUUUUUAGAGCUUCAAAAUGAUGGUCACCAUUCACUUGCAUUGUAUGGACCAACUGAAAUAUUCUUCUAAAAAUGUUAAUUUGUUUUCUGCAGAACAAAGAAAGUCAUACACAUUUGGGAUAGCAUGAGGGUGAGUAAAUUAUGAGAGAAUUUUCAUUUUUGGUUUAACUAUCCCUUUAAAAAGCAUUCAAAUUGAACUAAAACGAGGACAGUCUUGAUUAAUUUGGCUUUCUUUUGUUGUAUAUAAUGAUGUUGAAACACCCACAUUUGGGCAGCUGUGUCUGAAAAACACAGAUGUUUUCAUUCCAUUUUACCCGAGUAUUCAAGAAACGGAGUCAUAACUAAAGAUAAUAAUGAAGACGGGAUGUUUUGCAAUAAACAUAACAGCAUGCUAUCUUUUUGUGCCACAUGGUCAUGAGCUUUUUUUAUUUAUUUUUUUUUAUAAAACAUGAGAUACGUUUGCAAAGGGUAUGCAGCACUACAUGCGUGUUCAUGUAUAUAUAUAUAUAUAUAUAAAUAUUCUUGUUUAAGUUGAGCCUUUGCAUUCAUAAGUGAUCCUGUUGAAAUUAGACCAGAAUUUUUUUGUCUAUCCUGGAUUAAAUGUUUCCAGUAAACAGUAAUAUACAGUAUCUGUAUGGGGUGCCAUUUGUAAAAUAAAACAAGUUACAAAAAUGGGUUACAUUUUGUCAGAUUUAACAACAAAAUCUGCUCAAUUUAGCCAGAUUUAUGUAAAGCAUAAGCAUUUUAAUAUAUUUUUUUAAUUAUUAUUAUUCAUUUAUUGUGUAACAAAUACUUUAAAUAUCAAAUCUAAAUGUGAAAUGUAAAUGUUAAAACUAAAUGUAAAUGUUAAAUCUAAAUUUAAAACUCCAAUAUAAAUCGUAAAUAUAAAUGUUAAAUAUAAAUCCUACAUAUAAAUAUAAAUCUUAAAUGUAAAUUAUUAAUACAAAUCCUUAAUGUAAAUCUAAAUCCAAAUGUUAAAUCUAAAUGCAAAUAUAAAAUAUAAAUGUUAAAUAUAAAUCUUGAGUUAAACAUUUGGAGGACAUGCAAAUUAAGAACGCCCCUGGGCUGUCUUGACUGAUGACAUAAGCAGUGCGACAGCGUUAAUUUUUUUCCCCCAGCCGUUUUCUGGCAGGUCCCGCCUCCUGCAUUCGGAUCGGCUACUAAGAGCUACUUACAAGCGGUCUGUGAUUGGGCAGUUGAGAAGUCAUUCAUAUAGCCUUAGUAACAUAUUGUUGAAGAAAAACAUACAGCCACUAAGUUCGAAGUUCAGUGCGGAUUUUAAAUGGUUAACAUUAGACAAGGCAAAACUAUCACAUGCAUUUAAAUCAGCUGUUUACUGCUUUGUCGAUUAAUAUUAUAAUGGAGGCGAUGUAAUACCGCAUCUUCCAUUGUUUGAAUGUGUGUGUGUGUGUGUUUACUCUCUUCUGUCCUAUGCAACUGAUUGACUUAUUUACUAUACAAUACAUAAUAGUUCCGGUCCUCAAAUCUGAUUGGACGAGAGACGUUCCAUGAGUACUGAUGUCUCAGAACAUCAGCACAAGGACGCUUCACUGUAUAUCACUCCGCUUGUGUUCGUGCAGUACUAAACUAAAGUGUAAGAGCAGUGCAGAGGUGUUCAGAGCUACAGUAUGUGUCUCUUUUCAUUUAUUUUUGUGACAUUACAGAUUUUAACCAGCAGGUGGCGGCAAAAAACAUUUUUGUGUGUAAUAUAAGUCAGUUCAGGUGACAUGAAGUGAGUCAGUGUCAGUCAGUGUUUUCAUUCAUCAGCACUAUGUGAUCGCUCUGAUUAUUACUACACUACUAAAGCUAUGAAAUAUCUUUAAACAGCUUUAAACUAACAACUUCAGCAUUAAGGCUCAUCACAGCUGAGAGACACAACAGACUGAUUAAUUACACAUACUCAAGGCGCUUACCUCUUACCGGAGUUUCCACAUUGGAAAGGAUAUACUGUUCAAAAUGGGGGAGGAGAUUGCGGUUUCUAAUAGUGAAAGACACUUGCGCACCUGCUACCGCAAAAAAGGGAGGAAUACCCCCGCUUGGAUGGCUAUUUUUCCACUUAGAAAAUAGGAUGCAUUUGACAAAAAUUACAUUAACAUCAGAAAGUUGACUAACACACUACAGCAUCUCUGCUUGGUGUACAGGUGAUUGCACACACUCCAUCUCUCUCUCUCUCUCUCUCUCUCUCUCUCUCUCACACACACACACACACACCCCUCCUUGUUUCUCCAAUAACUUGUUAGAAACAUCCCAAGCCGUGAUACUAGUUGUAAAGUGACAUUUUUGAUUUAGAAGCUUGGACACAUCAUUUGGUUUGAACCAGUAACGGCAGAUUCUGAUAUGUCGCGUAAGAAAGAGUUCCAUGUGCAAAUGCGUUUUUUAUGACCGUACUCAGUUUUUCCUUAUUUUUAUUUUAUUGUUUUAUAUUUACUUGUUCAUUGAACUGUUGUAUAAGCAAUAUCACACUCACAAUCAUACUAUAUGGCCCUAAAUCAGCACUGCUGUUAUUGCCUGCGGCCAAAUCACAGCAGUGUUGAUAUAAGGCCAUAUCGCACUCUUGCUCAUGUGAUAUUGCUUAAGUAUAUUCCACACAGCUAAAUAUACGACACAUAAUUUGUCACUUCUUUUGUAUAAGUUAUUAUCAUUAAUGAAUUCUGCAAUUAGUUUUUUAAAUUAAAAAGACUAUUUCAAACUAAAAAUUAGAACAAAGGGAUAGUUCACCCAAAAAUGAAAAUUCUCUCAGC